AUGUCCUCUGAAACUACUACGACAGAAAAAGCGAAUAACGCUGAAUUACUAUCUUUAAUUAGGAAAUUCCAAUUUACAAGAGUACUUGAUUCCAAUCCCCAAACUAAAGUAAUCUCUUUAUUAGGUACCAUCGAUGAUAAAGAAGCAAUCAUUACAGCAGAAAAGACACAUUUCACCUUUGAUGAAAACAUAAGAAGACCAUCACAGGAUGGUACAAGUACACCAGUAUUUUAUCAAUGUGAAAAUGAAUAUUCUUGUAUUAAUGGUAUUGAAGAAUUAAAAGAAAUUACCUCUAAUGAUAUUUAUCACUGGGGUCUUUCUGUAAUGAAACAAAAUAUCAAAUAUAACCCAACUGCAAAAAUUAAUUUAAUUUGGCCAGCUACAGAAGUUCAUAUUAGAAAAUACGAACAACAAAAUUUUCAUUUAAUUAGAGAAACUCCAGAAAUUUAUACAAGAGUUGUUGAACCUUAUGUUAAAGAAAUGUCAAAUAAUAAGAGACUGAAAUGGGUAGAUAAUAUUUUAUAUGAAGGUGCAGAAGCAGAUCGUGUUGUAUUUAAAGACUAUCAAGAAGAUAAUAAACGUGAUAGUUUUAUUGUUUUGCCAGAUAUGAAGUGGGAUGGUAUUAAUAUCGAUGCUUUAUAUUUAGUUGCUAUUGUUUAUAGAGAUGAUAUUAAAUCUUUAAGAGACUUAAGACCAAAUGAUCAAGAAUGGUUAAUAAAUAUUUAUAAUAAGAUUAAAUCUGUAAUUCCAGGUUGUUAUAAUUAUGCUGUUCAUCCUGAUGAAUUAAGAGUCUUUAUUCAUUAUCAACCAUCUUAUUAUCAUUUCCAUAUUCAUAUUGUUAAUGUUAAACAUGCUGGUUUAGGUAAUGGUAUUGCUGCAGGUAAAGCCAUUUUAAUUGAUGAUGCAAUUGAACUUUUAAAUUAUUUAGGUCCAAAAGGUUUUAUGAAUAAGACAUUAACAUACGUUAUUGGUGAAAAUCAUGAUUUGUGGAAGAGAGGUUUAGAAAGAGAAGUUGAAAAACAAUUAAAAGAUGAUGGUAUCCCUAAAGUUCCAAAACUUGUAAACGGAUUUUCAAUGGAAAAUCAGUAA